AUGUCAAACUUGGGAUUUGAAGAGGGACACAGAGAGAUAUCUCGGCAGUUAGAGUCAUGCGAACUCACAUGCAGAAUCGUGGAGUUUCUGGAUAAGGUUAUCGUGGAUAUACAGAAGGAUGGAGAGAUGGACGUUAGCUACGAUAUACAAUUAGGUAAAACAGGUAUAAAGAAGCAUCCCAUCGGAAGCACAAUCGAAGAGAAUGUUUAUGAUGCUGUGUUGGACAAUAAUAUAGUCCCAACGUCACUACUUGAUGGAAGCUGUAACGUGAAAAAUCAGGUAGUGGCCUCACAGAUCGGCAAACUUAUGGGUGAACUACAGAAGAGAAAUGUAAUAGUGAAUAUGAGCGGGAAACUCUUUAAGGGUACCGAAUUUGAAAAGUCCGAUUUUCAGCGAUUACAAAUCGUUGUGAAGUUGGUUAGAGACACGUACGAGAAAAAAUCUUGA